AUGCUACGUUUCGGCUGUUCCCAGGUUGUCAUCGAGCGUCUUGACCCCCUUGUGAACCCCGGUAUGCACCCGUCUACGCACAUGCAUCAAGUGGUUGGAGGGAACGCGUUUACUGCUUCAAUGCCCGAAAGCGAUAUCUCUAAGCUGGCUUCCUGCACCACAUGUCAUUUCACCGAAGACUUGUCCAACUAUUGGACGGCAAACCUCUACUUCAAAGCCCGCAACGGCACCUACAAGCGCGUCCCACAGAUGGCGAACCAAUUCAACGACGGAGACAACGCCGGAAUCACCAUAUACUACACUUCGCCUGCGGUGAACGCAACGACAGCUUUUAAGCCGGGCUUUCGCAUGCUUACCGGCGACUCAAUGAGGCGCACGUCUGAGAACUUGGGGAAGAACAUGCAGCAGUGCUAUCGCUGCUUCUCAGAGCCCAACUUUGGGGGCAGCAUGUACUCUCCAUGUCUAGACCCCAAGUGGGAUACCGACUAUUUCCCGAAGCAACCAUGCCCCGGCGGUAUCCGGUCGAACAUUAUCUUCCCACUGUGUUGGGACGGAAAGAACCUCGAUAGCCCGAGCCAUCGCGAUCACGUAUCCCACCCGAUUGGUGGUCCGACCCAAUUCGCCAUCGUCAACGGAACGUGUCCCCCCAGCCAUCCAGUGAAGAUCCCGCAGGUAAUGCUAGAGGUUAUGUGGGACACCACACCCUUUAACAAACCCGACCUUUGGCCAGAAGACGGCACCCAGCCCUUCGUUCUCUCAACCGGUGACGCCUCCGGAUUCGGCCAACACGGCGACUACGUCUUCGGCUGGAAAGACGACUCGCUCCAGCUCGCCAUGGAUAAUCAUUGCUACCUCCGCAACUGCACGAGGCUUACGGAGCAGGCGCCUAGCAUCAAGAAUAAGUGCCAGGUGCCGGAUACUGUGGAGGAGGAUGUGGAUGGAUGGAUGGAUGAGCUUCCGGGGGGAGGGGUUGGGGCGUGA